UUCUCAAGCGUUACUCAGAAUGGCCGAUGAUAUUGAAAACGAGAUCAAAGCCACGCAAGCAAAGCGUGCCCAGAUCACAGACAAGGACAUUAGCGCUGCUGUCCUCAAUAACGAAAAACACGCCAGUCUUUCAGGUGUUUCAUAUGAUAAAGACCUCUACAUUACCGACAAAUAUGAAGGUUAUUCAACAUCGAUCGCCAUUGACGAUGAGGAUGCGGAUGCCGACGAGAUGUACCAAGAAACAAAACGUAAAUUAAACUCCUACACUGUCUCAAAAGACCUCAUCAACGAUACGAUCGGAGAUACCGAAGGACGUGAUCCAUUUGCAGACACAAUGAACAACCGGACGAUUGCUGGUCGUCAGGAUGAAUACCAACAAAGACGAUUCAAUCGAAUGCUGUCACCGUCACGCAAAGACGCAUUUGCAGCAGAUCAAGGUACAGAUGACCAGGAAAGCCGAUCAUAUUCCGAAGUCAUCCGAGAAGCCGAGCUGGAAAAAGAACAGCAGCGUGUGUACGCUGCUAUUGCUCAAAAGGAAAAAGAGCGCGAACAGCAAAUCAAACAGGGUGUCGCGGAUGAUUCACAACAGGCAAAAAAGAAGCGUAGAUGGGAUGUUGCAACACCUUUACAUGAUAAUAAUGCAGAUGCGACUCCUGUUGGAGGUGCAAAUAAACGAUCGAGAUGGGAUGCCACACCUGUGAGUGGCGAGAGAUCCGAGUGGGACGCUACGCCCAAGGCUAGUUCAGGCAAACGAUCCCGCUGGGAUGCCACACCAGUUGGAGGAGAUGUCAUGGGCGCCACACCAGUCGGAGGAAUGGGCAUGAUGACACCUACACCCAGUAAACUUCAGGUACCAAUGACCCCUGAGGCUGCAAAUUCUAUGCGCUGGGAACGUGAAUUGGAUGUUCGUAACCGUCCUCUGUCAGAUGAAGAGCUUGACAGCAUGUUCCCUACAACAGGUUACAAGAUCCUCGAUCCUCCCCACGGAUAUGUACCCAUCCGCACUCCGGCUCGUAAAUUAAUGGCUACACCUACACCUAUGGGUGACUCAGGCUUUAUGAUGCAGGAUGAUGUGCGUCAGCCCGUUAUGGAAUUGCCCCAAGAGAUUCCCGGUGUAGGAAGUCUGCCCUUCUUCAAAGAUGAAGAUAUGCAGCACUUUGGAAAAUUGUUGGAGCAGCGUGACGAAACAGCAAUGUCAGUCGAAGAUCUCAAAGAACGCAAAAUUAUGCGCUUGUUGUUGAGAAUCAAGAACGGCACCCCUCCUAUGCGCAAGACCGCUCUGAGACAAAUUACCGACAAAGCCAGAGACUUUGGACCCGGACCUUUGUUCAACCAGAUCUUACCAUUGUUGAUGUCCCCUACCCUUGAAGAUCAAGAGCGCCAUCUUUUGGUCAAGGUCAUUGACCGUAUUCUGUACAAACUCGACGAUCUUGUCCGUCCGUUUGUACACAAGAUUCUUGUAGUCAUCGAACCUCUGUUGAUCGACGAAGAUUAUUAUGCCCGUGUCGAAGGUCGCGAAAUUAUCAGUAACCUUUCCAAGGCCGCCGGUCUACCAACCAUGAUUACAACCAUGCGACCUGAUAUCGAUCAUCCUGAUGAAUAUGUCCGUAACACUACCGCACGUGCAUUCUCAGUCGUUGCCUCUGCACUUGGUAUCCCAGCCCUCUUGCCUUUCCUUAAGGCCGUCUGCCGAUCCAAAAAGUCAUGGCAGGCUCGCCACACCGGUAUCAAGAUUGUCCAACAGAUUGCAAUUCUGCUAGGCUGUGCUGUCUUGCCCCAUCUCAAGAACCUUGUGGAAGCCAUCGGUCACGGUCUUGAAGACGAGCAGCAAAAGGUGCGCACAAUCACUGCACUUGCCAUUGCUGCCUUGGCUGAAGCAGCAGCACCUUACGGUAUUGAAUCCUUUGACUCGGUUCUCAAGCCUUUGUGGACUGGUAUUCGCAAGCAUCGUGGUAAGGGUUUGGCUGCUUUCUUAAAGGCAAUUGGUUACAUUAUUCCGUUGAUGGACGACGAGUAUGCAAACUACUACACCAAAGAAGUCAUGUUGAUUCUUAUUCGCGAGUUCCAGUCUCCUGAUGAGGAAAUGAAGAAGAUCGUAUUAAAGGUUGUAAAGCAGUGUGCUGCAACCGAUGGUGUUCAACCUCAGUACAUCAAGGAGGAAAUUCUUCCCGAGUUCUUUAAGCACUUCUGGGUGCGUCGUAUGGCGCUUGAUCGCCGUAACUACAAACAAGUUGUCGAAACGACCGUGGAGCUGGCUAACAAGGUCGGUGUGUCCGAGAUUGUGGGUAGAAUUGUUGAGGAUCUAAAGGACGAAAGUGAGCCCUACCGCAAGAUGGUUAUGGAGACUAUUGAAAAGGUCGUGUCGAAUCUCGGUGCAGCUGAUAUCAACCCUCGUCUGGAAGAGCUCUUGAUCGACGGUAUUCUGUAUGCUUUCCAGGAACAAACAGUUGAGGAUGUUAUCAUGCUCAAUGGUUUUGGUACAGUUGUGAAUGCUCUUGGUAUGCGUAUCAAGCCAUACUUGCAACAGAUCUGUUACACCAUUCUCUGGCGUCUCAACAACAAAUCAGCAAAGGUCCGUCAACAGGCUGCCGACUUGAUUUCACGUAUUGCGGUGGUAAUGAAGACUUGCGGUGAAGAAAAAUUGAUGAGCCAGUUAGGUCAGAUUCUAUAUGAAUACUUGGGUGAAGAAUACCCCGAAGUUUUGGGUUCUAUUCUUGGUGCAUUGAAGAGUAUUGUAAAUGUGAUCGGUAUGGCCAGUAUGACACCUCCUAUCAAAGAUCUUUUGCCACGCCUGACACCUAUUCUUCGUAAUCGACAUGAAAAGGUUCAAGAAAACUGUAUUGAUCUGGUUGGUCGUAUUGCUGAUCGUGGUGCCGAAUAUGUAUCUGCGCGUGAGUGGAUGCGUGUAUGCUUUGAGUUGCUUGACCUUCUCAAGGCUCAUAAAAAGGGUAUUCGCCGUGCGUCUGUAAAUACUUUUGGUUAUAUUGCCAAGGCUAUUGGACCUCAGGACGUACUGGCUACCCUGCUAAACAACCUCAAGGUUCAAGAGCGUCAGAACCGUGUGUGUACCACAGUCGCUAUUGCCAUUGUUGCCGAGACUUGUGCGCCCUUCACAGUCUUACCGGCCGUGAUGAACGAAUAUAGAGUGCCUGAGCUCAAUGUACAGAAUGGUGUUCUGAAAUCAUUGUCGUUUAUCUUUGAGUAUGUUGGAGAAAUGGGUAAAGAUUAUAUCAAUGCAGUUACACCCUUACUGGAAGAUGCUUUGAUGGAUCGUGAUCUUGUCCAUCGACAGACUGCAUGCGCAACGAUUAAACACAUGUCACUGGGUGUAGUUGGUCUUGGUUGCGAAGAGCCUCUUCGACAUUUGCUCAACUUUAUCUGGCCCAACAUCUUUGAAACCAGUCCACAUGUCAUUAAUGCUGUAAUGGAGUCCAUUGAAGGCAUGCGUGUCGCUCUUGGACCCGCAACAAUUCUGCAGUACACUCUUCAGGGACUCUUCCACCCUGCCCGUAAAGUACGAGAAGUUUAUUGGAAGAUUUACAACACUCUUUAUAUCGGCAGUCAAGAUGCCUUGGUCCCUUAUUACCCCAGAAUCGAUGAUGAUGAGAAUAAUAACUAUCAGCGAUGUGAAUUGGAUUACUUCCUCUAAAGAUAUAUAUACAUAUAUAAAUAUUAAAAAUGAAU